UGAUGAGACCCAGUCUCUGCCUCUGGACCCUUCCAAGGGCCCUUUCUCAGGGCUGGGAAUGGCCCCUCACUGAUUCUGCUAUGUGCCAGGAGCACACCUAAAUUAGCUCAUUUCAUCCUCAUAGCAGUCUGGAGAGACAGAGGUUGUUCGCUUCAUUUUACAGGUUUGAUGUCUCCGCCAUCUACCCCAAUCAGAAGAAACUCAGCACCUUCACCGAGGCCCCCUACUCCAGGCUUCAUUCUGUGCAGAUGUCCCACAUAGGACCUGGAACCUAUGGCUACCAGGAGACCUGCUUCAGCAAGAAGAAACUCAGCAAGGAGGUGGGCACAGGCUGGGCCAGGACCCAGGAAGCCACCCGGCUGACCCAGCUGCCCCACUUCCAGUACGAGGCCAUCAUGAAAGAGAAGCGGUUGCAGAAGGAGAAGCUGGGGCCCGGCUCCUACAACCUCAAAGACUUCUUAGAACAGCUGCAGCAGAAACCGUGCAGCACCCGGGGGCUGCUCAGCUCGGGGGAGACCCGCUUCCGUGGCCUCGUUGGGAACUACUAUCCAGGCCCUGGAAAUUAUGGGGUGAAGGGUAACCCAUACACAAAGCUGGAGGAGAAAGCCCAGAACCGUUCUCAGGUCCUCAUGUGCAGGAUGACCAGCAGGCCACUCCUCUUGGCUCAUCAGGGGAGUGGUCUGGCACCAGGCACCUACUCCUUCAAAAGUGGCAUUGAGACCUACCUGGCACGAUCCAUGGGCACCCGCGGCCCCUACGACACUUUCUCCGGUGACCGAAGCAAGCCCCAGCCUUAUGGACAUUACUCUGUGCAGAAAAAAAAGCCCAGGGAACUGAUGAAUUUUACGACCUUCGUGGAAGAGCUUAACUCGCGUCACAAUAAGAAGCGUGGGGUUUUUUCGAAAAUUCCUCGCAACCCGGAAACCCCGACGGAGAGGAUUUACUGGGCGACCCUUAGCCAGUGCCCCCGAAAACUAGCCACGUCUGGUCCCGGUUCGUGGCUUCCUCCAAAGAAGGAAUGCAAACAUGUCAACCAGCCACCAUUCCUGCUGUCUUCCAAGCGGAUGGGCAUAAAGGCCUACCAGAUGAUUCUGGGAAGCUGGCAGAACCCCGUAGGUGUGGGCCGCUACCUCAACACCUGGCUGAUGGAGACGAAGGACCAACGGCAGCGGUAUCGGUCCCUGUACCUGGGUGGAUCCAAGCGCUACCCCUCUGACCCGGCCUGGGACAGGGUCAUGCAGGAAAGGAUCACACCUUUUACUAAAGGGAAGUGCCCUCCAACAGUGGAUUACAAUUCAGAUCCUACUCCUUAAAGCUGCAUAUGAAGGACAUCCUGUGAUGACCAGAGGGCCCCAAAAGCCUGAAGACAAAUUUGGGGAUGGGAGGAUAG